CGCGCAUGGUGUCCCCCGCACGUGACGUAGUAACUCACGUUAAGUAACGUUGGUUUCCUGUGCGGGGAGUGCGCGCUCGGCGGACUCGUUCGGGCACGGAGAGUCACGGCUCAGGAUUGUUUUUUUUAUUAUUAAAUUAGAUCACUUGUACAAAAGAGUACCGGGUGGGGUCAACUUAACGACGGAUCUCAUCUGAGGUAGAGAUAUGUCCGGGGAUCACGAGGAGACACAGACGGCCGAGGAGAUGCCGGUGGACGGAAAGGGUGUUCAAGACAAAAUGAUCGAUCCUGAGAAGUCCGAAGAGGCCAAGCUGAAGGCCAGAUACCCAAAUUUAGGAAACAAACCCGGGGGCUCUGACCUGCUUCGCAAACGCCUCCAGAAAGGACAAAAGUACUUUGACUCCGGCGACUACAACAUGGCUAAAGCCAAGAUCAAGAACAAGCAGUUGCCGACAGCUGCGCCGGAGAAGACGGAGAUCACAGGAGACCACAUCCCAACCCCCCAGGACCUGCCCCAGAGGAAACCCUCUCUGGUCGCCAGCAAACUGGCAGGCUGAUGCGCGCGCACACACACACACACACACACACACACACACACACACACAGCCUCAGCAGCCCCAGCAGCCCCUGCAGCACCUCCCAGCCUUUACCCUUUCUACUCAAGUCUCAGAGCCGUAACACUACCUCUCCCGUCCCUCACGGUACCUGCCCCCACCCUCCCCCCCCUGCCCUGGAAGCCCACACCUAGUGCCCAGCGAGCUGAUUCCUUCCCUUUUAUCUUGGUUGGUUUCCCCAGGUUACUUCUCCAAACUGACUGCUCCCCUGCUCUCUCUGUCUGUUGGACUUUUCCAUGUUCCUUUUAAAAUAGUUCUCUUCACUUCAAUACGAGAUACACUGAGAGGCAGAACAUUUAAGUGGGAUGAGGGGAUUGUGACUCUUCUGUGCGGCUCGUGGACGACUGAUACCAUGGUGUUUACGAGGUGAAGAGAGGGGCGGGCACCUUGAAAGGUUCGACGGCUUUAGUAUGGUCAUCCCUCAGUUAGGAGGUGUGUGUGUAUAUAUUCGUACAUAUAUAUAUAUAUUUCCUUUUGCUUGGCACAGGGGCAGAUGUCAGCCUUUUUUAGAAUGUUUUACAUCAGAUUUGUUUCAUUUAAUAUAUGCCCUAAUCCUAAAUGAUUCUUUCAAAAUGCUUCUUGCUCAAUGAAUAUGGUUAUCCAGUGCGGAGGCCAAGCUCAGUUUUGUGAACAGUGGGAGGAAGCUACACAAAAGGAGCGCGAAGGCCAGAGUGUAAUGCUUAACUGCAAAGGUGAUCCUCACCGAGCUCAUAUUUGAUUCACCACGACCUGCUGAACACAGAAAUGUACGCAGAUGCUGAAGAGCUCAGGUGCCCUGUAUAAGCAUCGGGUAAUAUGCGGAUGAUGCUAUCAAGACAUCUUGAAACGUGUGAAAGAAGGAUACAACGCUUCAGUCUGAACUGCGAUGUGGAAUUCUAUUGCCAUAUGUACGGUGAGCCGUGCAUUUCAGUUCAGACUCCGGAAAAACAGCUCUGGUUGCAAGUUAAACGUGGCACAAUAUGAGGUAGAGGGGUAUGUGUGACGUUAAAGCAGCAUUCCUGUCUGCAAAUUAUACAUUAAAACAAUGUACCGGGAGCGGCGCUUAGCACAGGGAACAAAAAAUAGUGUUAUUAAUCACGUUCAGACCUCUAAACCCACGAGCUGUUUUAUCUUUAAAAUGCCCAUGGUCCUGUAUAAUGCUUUUCCAAUGUCCUUACUUACUGGCUGAACUCUAUCUGUGAUGCAGUAAAUCGAAGCUAGCACUACAUCUGCCUGAGCUUCUGCAUGUAUAUGGCUGCUCACUUUGUGCCAUUUUGUUUUGUAAAUAAAGUAGUUUUGCACAAAU